GUUUGCUCACAUGGCAUACAGUAGAGGAGGGUACAUGAGCUAAGUAGAUCAGCUGGAUCAUUCAUAUUUCCAUCGAGGUUAGUGCUAUCACACACAGGUGAUGACCGCAGCACAGCAAUCAGGAAAUUAAUUAGAAGGCAGCACAGAUAUAACACCGUAAAGUGCUUCAAAGACGUGUCACCAUGGAAACAAGAGGCCCUAGACCCAGCCCUCAAAUUCUGCUCUCCGACGAUGAUGGUGGUCUGUGGAUGAAGAUGGAUUCUGACCACGUGAGCAGCCACACUGAGAGUCCGUCAGCAGCCUCUGGUGAAAAGUCGCAAGACGAGAGCACAGUUAUCUCUGCUGCUCCCACCUCUAUGGUGAGGUACUACAGUGUGAUGGAUGAUGAAGGUGCAGAUGAUGUCUUCAUCCCUCAACCUCCUCCUCCUCCUCCAUCCUGCACAGCUACGUUGCUGCCGGCAGAGGAGAGCACAGGUGCAACAGCGAGUAAUUCUGGUGUGACCCCUUCAGUUGACGCAACUGAGGCUGAAGUUAAUCCAAGAGGCUUAGACUUGUCUCAUAGUGAGGAGCAGUUAAUGGCAGCACGGAACAAGGUGGAUGAAGAGGUGACUGCAAGUGCAGCGCAGAUGUCUAUGGACAACAUAUUAGCAUCCGACGAACGAGACUCCCCUCCCCCAACUUAUCAAGAUCAAAAACCCAUGGAUGUCACCGGUUGUCUGAUGGAAACGGGCCAUGAUGCCACUGGAAGACCUUAUCGGAAUAUGGCAACAGAGAAUGAGCAACCUGAGGAUAUUGUAAUUCUGAGUGAAGGAAAAGAAAACUGCUGGGAAACCAACACAGAGAAAGACAGUUACCCAAAACAAUUACAUGCAAACCACAAAGAAAGCUCUGAAUAUGAGACGCAUUCAGACAAAGAAGGAAACGAAACAAAACACAAGGACGUUUGUGGUUUUGAUGAAACAGACUCAAAACUGUUAAGAGAAAAUCUGGAUAUUGAGAGUGUGGAGACAAAUGCCUCAAUUGAUGAUGAUUUUGAGCUCUGCAAAUGCAACCAAAACAGGACCAAUAUAGCAACCCAUCAGCCGCAAGUUGCCGACUUCCAAGCAGAUGUGGCCAAAGAAAAUGAAGCAUAUGAUGGCCAUGCAUCUUUGGACUGUAACCUCGUGAAGUAUGACUGGGUGAGGAGAGAAAGUGGCAGCACAGAAAUGCAAGUGCCCCCACUUCCCAGCUCCAAAGGUUCUGAAGAAAGGGUGACAAUGGGAGAGCAGGAAGAUGGAAGCAGGAGAAUAGCUACUGAUAUCCAACAAGGUGAGAAACUGCUUCAUCGACUGCAGCUGGUGCAACUACGGCAUGAUGUGCAAAUGUCAGAGAACCCUCAUACCCAAGAGCAGGCUGUCACGAGGGAUGAAGAAAGGGGUAUGUUUGGGACUGAAAUAGGGAAUCUCACUGGUGAAGAAGAGCGGGAAGAAAGUAGAUUUGAAACUCUUAAGAAAGAGGACGCAAAGGUGAGCCUGAUGGAAAAGGAAAACAAUGAGGAUGAAGACAUUCAAACAAAGGCAAGGACAUCUUCAUCCACAAUUCCAGGAGAGCCAGAACAUCAGAGGAUUGCCAGACUGGAGCCAGGUGACUCCGAUGAUAAUCAGAGUGACAGCUGGGUGCCUCCAGAUUUGUUUCCCCUUAACUCUCAUGAAACUUCUUCUACUGAAAUUCCAUUUCUGUCCACUGGACACCGCUUCUCAGCUGCUGAAACUUCCAUGGAGAGGCAGCUCCAUGAGGCAGCCCAGUGGAAGCAGAAGUUGCAGAGAGCUGGGGGUGUUUUCAAUCUUGCAGAGAAUCCAGAUGUGCUGGAGAUUCCCUUCAAGACACAUGUCUCUCUUGAGUCACUUCCUACCAAGGUGGGUGUCAGUCAGUGCAAUGAGUGGCAGUUCUCUGAGCAGAAGAUGCAUAAAGAGAUAAGUCAGGACAUUCAGAGAGAACUGGUGCUGGUCAACCAGGGUAAAAUCCCAGGGGGGUACAGCAAAGGAGAGCUCCGCCAAUUAAAAGAGACAAAACUGCUGUUUGAGGCUUUCCAACAGGACAACCCAGAGGGUCCAACAAGGCACCAUAAGUCCCCUACCACUCUGAGGAAAGGUCACAUUUACCCUUCAGUGCUGGAGCGCACACGUAGCCUUGAGAUGUUUUCCCUCAAAACCUGCCCUGUUUCCAGAGCACAUUCCCUCAGGCUGUACCAGCCUGCAACUGCUGAGAAGGAAAAAAGUCCUGACAGCUUCAGAUCAAAGAGCCCAACUGGGGGUUCACGAGACAAAACACGCUUAGCCCCUUACCCAAAACAAGACAAACACGUUCGCCUGUGCAGAAGCAUGGACUCUAUAAGCAAUGAUGUCUCCACAUUAGCUGUGGACACCAAGGGUAAAGCAAAGGAGGCGAACACAAACAAAGAGUCCUCGAUCCUCAAACAAAACCCCUUCUUCAAGCUGCGUCCAGCCCUGGCUCUGCAGCCAGAUGUAGAGAAGGACAUCCGAGAGGCCAAAGAAAGAGAAGAGGAGCUGCGCAGACAGAGACGCACUCUGUAUGGAGAGAAGAGACAGAACAGUGAAGAUGAAGAAAAGUCAAGAAGCACACAAACACUCAUGCAAGAUAUCAGGAAACAGUCUCGGGGGAAACUGGAACGGGUCUGGCCACCUCCUAAAAAGGAUCAGAUGAAAUUGGAGCAGACAGAGCAGGAGCCAAAAGUUCACAGAGCAGGAGGUCAGAAGGCUUCUCUCUGGCAACGCUGGGAGUCGGGCCUGAUCAACGGGAAGCCGUCAAAGGAAAAGAAGUGAUGGUGGCUGUCCCGGUUCCGCAAUACUACAAGCAGAAUAUCAGUGCUCUGCAGCGCUAGUUACAAUUCAGACAGAUCUGAGUGAAAAUAGCCAAAAACACUGGGCUAGUCGCAGCUCUUUUAACUCUGCUAUGAAUCUGUCACAAAUGCUUUUUUUUUUUUUUUAUAAUUUUCCAACAAUACCAGUCCAUGGGUUAUGUUAAGAAAAGCUUUUGGACCAGCACAGCUACAUUGCAGGAUUUGUCUACUGUGUGAAAGCUGGUCCAGGAAAGGACUUUACUAGAAUGCUGGCUAGCAUUAGCAGCAGCCUCCUCUGUUGGAUUUAGAAAAGUUUACCGUUUCAGUAGACAGUUCUGCAAAAGAGGGGUUGAAUCCCUUUUGAUGAUUUAUACUUUUUUUUAAAAAAAUAUUGUACCAUAAACACAAUUAGGUAUAGAGCACUAUGACGCUAUUUAGACUGCCUUAAAUCUAGUUUUGGUGAGUCUGUUUAUGGAAGUGUAUUUGAAUAUGUCUCAUGUUUCAGGAGCUGGAGGCACUGGUUCUGGCCAUUAAGGCUCGCUCUCCAGUCACUGUGUAAUGACUGGAGAGCGUCUUUAAGCCACUCUCAGACUUGGAUUUACCUCUGAGGCCAAACAGAGCAGAUUACGGUGAUCAGAGCUGCUUUUUUCCUGUAUAGCUAGAUGCAUCAUUUGUGGGUUUUGUUCCAUAUUUUCCAGCAACCUUAAAGAUCCAAACAAACAAAAGUCCCAAAUGGAGAAAGAUGAUGGAAAAAUUAUUUUACACUACUUAAUCCACUGAACUAAAAUCCAGUCAUUGUUUUGGUGCCCUCUAGAGGUUGUUCCAUCAUGGAGUUGAUUGCAAAUUCAAGCACUUUUGGAAGCAAAUGUAGGACGUAAAUAAAAAAUAGAAUUAAAGGAGAAAAACCUUAA